GUUGAUCUUCUACAUAGAUGAUGGCGAGUCGUAAAAAAAGUUAUGAUUCGUCUCGAUCCGUAUCGAGAAAUGCAAGGCGUCAUGUCGGAGAGGUCAUGUUUUCGUCAUCUUCAUCUUCUGAGGAGGAGGUAACAACGGGAUGUCGGAGUUGUAGAAACACAUCGAAGGAGUAUUUUACUAGAAAUCCUGUCGAGGCGGACUCGCAAACAGGACCAAACAGGUCCGAGAGAUACGACGAGAAUCCUUUUAGUUUUAAACAUUUCAUAAAAAGUGGUUCAGAAAUGAAUUAUCAGAAUACUGGAGCUCGUCCAAAGAUUUAUUCCUCUCCAACACCAAGUCCAUAUAAUUUGGAAAAAGAUUCUGCUGUUUAUUCUCGUAAUCCAACAGAAUUACCAGACUUUGUACAAGAUCACUUGGUCAUAGAACAAUAUUAUCUAAAUUGUGGGCUUAAACAACAGCCCAUUCUAGAUGUAGAUAAUCUUCCCGACUUUGCACUAAACAGUGUGGAGCAAAGGCAAACAAGACUUAGAAAUGAAUCAAAGAAGGAUGAAUCUAAUGCAUGUGAUUUUUCAUUUGAUCUAACUGAAAGCUUAGACAAAGGAUUACCUCAUAGGAAUGAAUCUGUACCAAAUACAAGUUGUUCUGAUCAUUUAUCUGUUUUUGUUAGACCUAUUACAGGAUCUAAUGAACGUCCAGAAGCAUCAGGGUUUCCAUUAGAUUUACCAAUAUCUGUAGCUGAGCCUGAUCCUGGCUCAAAUGUUUCCAUAAGGGACUCAGGAACAAAUGAAGGAAAUGUUUCAAAAGCAUUACCAGAUUUUUUAAACGAUGGCCCUAUUCAUAAUAGGACAACAUUAUCAACAGAAUCUGGACCUAUUCCAAAUAGUGCAGAAUCCACAGAGAGGAGGUUAUUAUUAGAAAAUGAAAGAUUAAGACAUGAAUUAGAACUAGCUCAAAAACAAAUCAAUGAAAAGUCAGAAAGAAUCCAAGUAUUAGAAUCAGAAUUAGCAUCUAGAAGAGAAGUGGAGCAUGAAGAAACAAUUCACCUUGAAAAAGCCAUGGAACAAGUUGAAGAUAAUUUGAAACGUAGUACAAGAAGAGCAGUAUAUGCAGAAAGUACCGUUUCGUCAUUAAAAAGAGAAAUUAAAUCUUUAACGAUGGAGUUAUCGUUACUACGACUAGAGAACAAAGAACUUAAAGCUGGAAUUGUGACGGGUAGUAGAAGUGAAUAUGGUUCGUCAAAGACGGAUCAGACAGUAAGAAGGUUAGCCAGUGAUUUAAAAAAUGCUGCUUCAUCUGCGGAAAUAUCAUUAAGACAGCUAAUAUCCGGUGUGGACAAUUUAAGAGUACUAGCUUCUGCACUUGAAAAUGUGGAUAGGAUAGAAGACCGGACCAAAGAUUUUGUACCAGAUUUUGAUGAAGAUAACGCUGCUGGUCCUGCACUUUAAUAUAUUCUUAUUGAUCUAUCACGAUGUGGCUCCGAGCAAAAAGAACCUAAAGAUUAUAACUUUUAUAUGUACGUUUUGACAUGAAGCCAUAAACGCAGAGCACUGGUUGGGAUUCAGAACACAAUUCCAACACAGUUGUUAAGAAAACAAUAUUUUAAUAGUUAUUGUGACAAUGUUACGUGUACAGUUUCAAAUUACAUGUUCCAUUUUUUUGUAAAUGUUGAAACUAUCAGCUGAGCAAUUAGGUUCGAA